AUUGAAAUGGCGCGCGUGGCCGGAAGCGCUUUGUGCUCUGUCGUGCGGCGCGCGCCGAUCCGCGUCACUCCGGUCUGCACGGACACAACAGUAGAGAUAGAGAGAAAACGCAGCAGAGAUGCAGAGAUAAGGGCCAGGCAGUCAUUUAUGGACUGAAAAAAAUAAUUGUAGCUUUAUUUAGAAUAGGUCCAUCAUCAUCAUCAGCCUUCCUCAUGGUGCUCUUUUACCAUCAACCACUCAGCCACUAUCAUGACUAAUCUACUCUAAAUAAUCAUCUCAGGUGACAUUGUAGGUAACCAUCUAAACCGUUAUCUCUCUCUCUCUCUCUCUCUCUCUCACACACACACACAGGAUUUUGCGCCAGCAUUGCGCGCGCGCGCACACACUGUUUGUUGGGACAGAAAUGAGAAUAAAUGGAAAUGAAUGUGAGCCUAAAGAAUGACGGCGCGCGUGCACAUGUGCGCAGCAGGAUGAGAUGUUAAUGUGGUGAGGCGGGCAGAGCGCAGCUGAUUGGAGCCCUAAUCCCUUUCCCCCCGGGGCCGUUUUCAGAGCCCCGAGCCAGAAUUCCUGCUCUGCUCUCCUCCACUGUUAUUCGGGAAGGAUCUCUGGCUUCAGCGCACUCUCUUCCUGUCUCACACUCCAACCACAAACGGAACCGUAAAGCCAAAAAAAGAGGCAGAGAGACGAUCGAUCGACGCCGACUGAGCCAUGACUUCCAAGGAGGGAAGAAGCAUGUCUCGCCUCUCUUUGACCCGCUCUCCAGUGUCUCCUCUGGCUGCGCAGGGCAUCCCUCUUCCUGCUCAGCUGACUAAAGCCAACGCCCCCGUCCACAUCGAUGUAGGAGGACACAUGUACACCAGCAGCCUAGCUACACUCACAAAGUACCCAGACUCAAGAAUCAGUCGGCUGUUUAACGGCACGGAGCCCAUCGUGUUGGACAGUCUGAAACAGCACUACUUUAUUGACCGGGACGGGGAGAUUUUCCGUUAUAUUCUCAGCUACCUCCGCACCAGCAAACUGCUUCUUCCUGAAGACUUCAAGGAGUUCCAGCUGCUGUACGAGGAGGCGCGUUAUUACCAGUUGAGCCCCAUGGUGAAGGAGCUGGAGCGCUGGAAGCAGGAACGAGAGCAGCGGCGGGGAGCUCAGCCCUGUGAAUGCCUGGUGGUGCGCGUGACCCCUGACCUUGGCGAGAGGAUCGCCCUGAGUGGAGACAAAGCUCUCAUCGAGGAGAUCUUCCCCGAGACGGGCGACGUCAUGUGCAACUCGGUCAACGCCGGCUGGAACCAGGACCCUACUCAUGUUAUUCGCUUUCCGCUGAACGGAUACUGCAGACUCAAUUCUGUACAGGUGCUGGAGAGAUUGUUCCAGAAAGGCUUCACCAUGGUGGCAUCGUGCGGCGGAGGAGUGGACUCGUCUCAGUUCAGUGAGUACAUCCUGAGUCGGGAGGAAAGACGCUGUCAGACCAUCCACACGCCCAUCCGGAUAAAACAGGAGCCACUGGACUAGCCCAAAGCCUCCAUCAGACCUGCAAAAGAUCAGCUAUGGACUAGAAUGAGCUGGUGUGUACUUCUCUGCCGGCUCACUGGACUAUAAGGAGCCCAUCAUGAUGGAACUCUAUCUAAACAACGAAAGACAUCUGACUGAACACCAAGACUCAGUAGAGGGACAUGUUCAAAAUGUCAAGAUUACGUUUCUGUAUAAUUUGGUCUUCCACUCACAUUAACACUGUUGGUAUAGUAUUCAGUCAUGCCCUUGUUUGUGUUUAAAGCAGAAUUCUUUUUGCACACUAAUCCACAUUCCAGUUUUUCCACUGUGGAACAUCUCAUACUCCAGUCUUCUAUAAAUCAGAUCCUUGCAUGCUCUUGCCAUCAUUUCCGAGCGCAUUGGUGUUUUUAUGAUGAUUGUGGAGUGUAGAAGGACUGGCUGGCUGGCUGGCAUUGUGCUCAAACUGAUAGCGAUCCCAGUUUCUCUUCUCUGAGUAUCCUCCGAUGAUGCAUUAGCAAGGGAGUGAUUCUUUCUGAUCUUCUGUUGCUGUGUGAUCCGCAACAUGACAGGCAUGAUGGUUGAAUGCUUUACCAGAAGCAUUCUAGGUGUGUGUGUGUGUGUGUGUGUGUGUGUGUGUGCUAGAUCUGUGUCGUGUCAACCAAAAUAUCACUUGUUCAUUACAGAAAAUACAUCAGAGGAUCAGAUGAGAAAAUAUCAAAUCCAAUUCAAUACCCACCCAAGCCAUGUGUAUUGGUGCAUCCAUAGUUAAUGUCUUGUAGUUGACUUGUAGUUACAACACGGCCAGAGGAAAGCGUGUGUAAGGCUAGGUUCAGACAAACAGCUCACAUCCAAUGGCAAAUCUCAUUUGAGCAGGAAAGAGUGUCUGCUGUCUGAACAGCAGAAAAUACAUGCAGUCAGAUUUUUUCCAAUUAGAUUUAACCGACAUUUGUAUGUGGCUUAAAUGAUUAAAAUCUUAUUUCCAUAGUUGCGACACUCUUCAAAUUACACUAGAUUUCAGGAUUUAAAAAUCAAUUAUAUUCAAUGAAUAUAAAAAAAAAUCUGAGACAACAUGGACGAAAAGAAGCAUGAAACCCUGUUAGCAGAGAAGAAAUACUACAGAUUUGGAUUCCCGAGUGGUGUUCACUCUAAUAGCGAGCGAUGGCUAAAGAUUUUAAAAUUAACCCUGAUCUCUGGGUGGGAGGGAUGGAAUUACUCUCUCUCCUGUCAAUCAGAGUGCUACUAGCCAAUAGUGGGCCUCUUGUAUGCAGAAGAGGGCAGUUAGUGCUCUCCUCCAAGUGUGUUCAGCUGCUCUUUGAUAGAGAAUGAGCAGCAAUUUUGAAAAGAUGCGCUGGCUUCAUGUAUACUGCAGGAAGCACAUGCUAGCCCUCACACUCCCUGAUUCAUGGGGAGAACUAGUGUGUGGGAAUUGGCAAUGGCAUGAAAUUAGGUUACAAGUUUUAGUUAUCCAUAGAGAAAUCUCCAUGUUGGAUCUCUAACUAGCUGCCGUAAACUUCACAGAGUACGCACAUCUGCAUCAUUACAGACAUUACUGUGAAAUCAGAUAUGCUCAUUUUUCUUUUGCAGUGUCAAUACUCUGAAUAAGAAAUCAUUAACACAUAAUUAUUAAUAAUUAAUACAUAAAUCAGAUUUGUCAAGUUUGCUAGAACGUUUCCAGUGGUUUUUGUAAGCCCCGGGAACCUGAUGACCUGCUGUAGCUACAAUAAUGACAGCGGAUCAUUUUGAUCAGGAGGCUCCAAAUUUGUCAGCCUCAAAUUCCCUUUCUCAGUUUUGUGUAAUCAAAUGAACAUGAUCAACAUGCUGUUUGGCAAGCCAACAGCCAAAGAUCCUCUGGAGAUACACUUGCCUCUACAUUCUCUACGACUCUGUUCUGAUGAAGGCAGGUGGAUUACUUCAUUCACUAAAUGAAUGCACUUCUGUGAUGCAGCGUUUACAACAACUAUCAGGAUUUCUAGGUCUACCACGGCAGCACAGAGAUUAGUGUGCAGCUCAAGGCUUCUUCAGGGCUCCAGAGAAAAACCACAGGUCAGAGAGAAGCCAACCUCUUCUUCCAAACACCCCCUAGAAGCCAAGGUCACUUUCCCACAAUCCAUUUAGUCAGCCAAACCUCCCCAGGCCAAAAAGGCCCAGUCACAAUGUGGGGGAGAAUAAACACGAAAGGUUACUUAUGUGGCAGGAAAACACCGGAUGAUGCUUAAUGUGUUGUAAAAGUACACAUUUAAUAGGCCGAGUAUUUUUCAGGACAUUCUCUACACAAGCGGAUGGCAGGGGCAAAGGUCACAGAAAUGCCAACGCACUCUACACAAUCAUACGCUGAGUGUUAGUGUAGCAAGACAGAAUGAACUGCUGAGACCGGGGAGCUUGUUAUCCUUUGUUAUUCUUCAAAUUGUUCCAUCUGUGCUAUCGUGUGGGAUGUUUUGGCGGCUUGAUGAGGCCCUUAAGCAAAUAUACAAAAUAAAUCUUUAUUCCAGCCGUACAGUUUUUAACCACAGCCUCAGAAGCUGAUCUCGGAUCUCACACUCGGACUUUCAGCUGCGUGAAAACAAAAUUCUAUUUAAAUGCUGUUCUAAUCGAUGUUGUGUCAAAAUGUAUAAUUACAGUAAGGUGCAAAUUUAUGUACAUUAUUUAAAUAAAAUCCAUUUUUUGUUAAUGGAUAAUCAUUGUAGUGUUCCAGGCAUGUGUUUUUUUCCUUUUGUACUUGAGGAAAAAAAAAAUAACAGACUUAAUAAAUUGCUGAUUUUUUC